AUGGAGAUGGGCAGCCUGCCGGCGGACGAGGCCGCGCCCGAGAACGACAUCAUGCAGCUGGCCCGCAUUGGCGACAUCCCGGGCAUGGAGAAGCUGUUUGAGUCGGGCGAGUUCGACGCCACAUACACCGACGGCGAGGGCAUCACGCCGCUACAUUGGGCUGCCAUCAACAACCAGUAUGCCAUGUGCGCAUUCCUCAUCGAGCACGGCGGCGAGCUCAACAAAAAGGGCGGCGAGUCCAUUGCGACGCCUCUGCAGUGGGCGGCCCAGCGAUGCCACUUCUACACCGUCAACCUGCUGCUCCAGCGCGGCGCCGACCCUCUGAUUACCGAUUCCCAGGGCUACAACACCCUCCACAUCUCGACCUUCAACGGCAACGUGCUGCUCAUCGUCCUGCUCCUGCACCAGGGCAUCCCCGUCGACGUCCUCGACAGCUACGGCCACACGGCGCUCAUGUGGGCGGCCUACAAGGGCUUCCCGCAGCUGGUGGACAUCUUCUUGCGAUGGGGGGCCAACGUCCACGCCACCGACGAGCAGGGCUUCACCCCGCUGCACUGGGCCCUGGUCAAGGGCAAUGCCGCCUGCGUCCUCAAGAUGAUCGAGUACGGCGCCGACCGCUUUGCCAAGACCGACACGGGCAAGACGCCGGCCCUCACCGCGACCGAGCUCAACACCACGCCGGCCUGGCACCGUGCGCUGCGCGAGUGCGGCUAUGACCAGGACGGACAUGUCGCCGUGCCUCCGUGGCCGGGUGCGAGCUACUUUUUGAAGGACAAGAAGGCUUUCAUUACAAAAUUCAUGUUCCUGUGGCCCUUUUUGAUGGUCUGGAUGACGCUGCUGAUCCUGUCCCACGGUGCCAUAUACUUUGGUCUACCGCUGUCGGUGGGCGCGGCAUACGGCCUCCUGUACGUUGCAAAGCAGGUGCUUGAAUAUGCUCCGUCCGACAUGCGAUCAUUCCACAAGACUCCCUGGAUGGCUGGAAUCUUUGCAGGGUCGCUGUUUCUGGUUGGCUUUAGCUGGCUCACGGUCAUUUUGCCGUCUACCAUUGGAUGGUGGGGUGGAUCUUCGCAUACCCUCUUGAAUCUCGCCUUUGGAGCCGCCUUUGGGCUGACGGCCUUUUUCUAUAUCGCUUCCAUGAGAUACGAUCCAGGCUUUGUGCCCAAGAUGAAUGGCAUUGCGGAGCAGAAAGCUGUCAUUGACGAGCUUCUCAAGUCGUGGAAAUACGACGAUGCCAACUUCUGCGUCGUCUGUAUGAUUCGAACGCCGCUUCGAAGCAAGCACUGCCGUCGUUGCCAGCGAUGCGUGGCCAAGCAUGACCAUCACUGCCCAUGGAUCAACAAUUGCGUUGGCAUCAACAACCACCGCCAUUUCUUCUUUUACCUAAUCUCUCUCACUGUCGGAAUUCCCCUAUACGACUGGCUGCUGUAUUAUUAUUAUGCUCAAAUCACGCCCGAGGCCCCAGAUUCAUGCUUUCUUUUCGGACCCAAUACCUGCCGAGUUAUAAACGCAGAUCCUUACACACUUUGCCUCGCCAUAUGGGCAUCCCUUCAGCUUACAUGGGUUUCCAUGCUUGUCUUUACCCAGUUCAUCCAGGUUGCUCGUGCCAUGACUACGUACGAGAACAUGACGGGCAUCCGCGCCAAUACCUCUUUGUCCAACGCCUUUACAUCUACUGGCGCUCCGCUCGAUCCCAACCACCCGUCUGUGACAGCUCCUGCAACACCAGGCGGUGCUCACGCUGGCCAUGGCCACGGGCACAAGCACAAGGGCGGCCUCAUCAAGCAGUGGAGUCAACUCCUCGGCGUCGAUCCCUUUAUUGAGACUAUUACCGGCCGUGGCGCCGCUACCGCCAAGAACAAGCGCAAGAAGAAGAACCCCUACAGCAGGGGCUGCGUUACCAACUGCAAAGACUUUUGGUGUGAUUCAGCCCCCAUCUUUGGUCAGCGGGAACCAGGACAGGCAUCGCUUGGUGGCAGUAAAGUUGACUACACAGCAAUGUACGAGACGCCCACUCUUAUGAGCAUCACUGGAAUAAGAACCCGAGGCGAUUACGAGGCAGUCGAAACGGAAGAAGUAUAAGCAACAAGAACAUGCGUGCAGCGUUUGUCGUUUGGAAAAGAAUUUGAAAAGGAAUAACCAAUUGUAAUAUGGUCUGAUGAAGGCAUGGCUAGACUCUUGGAGGGAGGCUGGCCUGGUUUAAAUUUCUCUCCUCGUUUUUAAUCUUGCUUGUCUUCUGUUGAGGACUGGAACCAGGGUCCAGAUGCGUGUUGGAGUGUUGUAUUAUCUUGGAUUGGUCACAAACUGGGAUGCUGGGUGAGAAAGACUCGAAUGAUUAAUGACAGCCACUCUGAUAGAAACGAAGGCAUGUGCCACAUGGCGUUGGAGAGGCACGGUUUGGUUUGCAUAGCACCGUAUAUUUGCUCAGACACGUUUUAUAAAGCAUCAUUAUGAGCAUAGGAGGUAGCAGAAUAAUCAUGUAAUGACUCGACAGCCUUGGGCUUUCAGUCUUAUAGAAGAGACGAUGUGUAAAUAUAUGUGGUGAUGAC